AUGCCACCUCGACGCGCCUCCAAGGAUGCCACUGCCUCUCAGCAACCUCCAACAACGAACCCAUACAACCUUCGAUCGCUUCAUAUUCCACGUUCUAUUCGACCGGGGGAGAGUUUUGAUGAAAGGCACUAUGUGCCAACUAGAGCCCAGAACCAAAUACAGCGCAUGAAGGAGCGGCAAGAGGAAUUCGGAUUACCUGCGCUAAUAACAUCAAAAACCGCUAUACAGAAAACUCAUCAAGACGCUGCGAAGAAGGCAAAUAGUUAUCGCAAGCGGCCAGCACCUUCAGGAAGGAAAUCUACUACGCGGUCUCCUUCCAAAACGCCAUCUGCAAAGCGAGUAUGGUUCGAUAUAACGUCUUUAAGAGACGCUCCAGACAGUUCAGUGGAAACUACACCUCUCCGCGCACAAUCUAAUGCACCAAGGGAUGAGUCUAUUAUUGCAUCCCUAGAAGCAGAUACUAAUGAGGAAACCAAUGACAACGAAGAUAGCGUUAGUGAGGAUGAUGAUCUUCCCGUGGUAGUUCCAGGUAGACCUCCAGGUUGGAAUAUGGCCGAUUAUUUGAACAGUGAAUAUGAUGAAGAAGAGAAUCGCCUGCUGCGUGAUAUGCCAUUAAACGAGUCAACACCAUUUAAUUCACUGGAUAUCAAGAUAGCAGCGACAAACCUUUAUAACGCGAAGGAGGAUUUCAAAAAACUCAGCGCUAAACGAUGUAUCAAGGUCGCCGAGCACGCUCUUCGUGAGGCCCGGGAGGAUAUUAGUAUUGUCAACACAUCUGAUAUCCAGGACGAAUUUAAUCAUGAAAUCAGCCAGCGUGAUUAUUCGAUUGGCAUUGAUCUGAGAGUCUAUAUUAACAAGCGAAAAGUCAUCAGUCAAACACUCCAUGAUAUGACUCGACGUUCAUUUGAUCUUGGUGUUGUAGAAGAUCAGUUCCAUGACCAGAUUGUCAAAUACACUGAUGACAAACCUUUUACAUUUGAAACUUGUAUGGCAUUUGUGAAAUCAAUGUCUGGUCGUGGAAGACAAUUAAGCCAUCAAUUUGAUGAUUUUUCUAUCACUGAGACCCUCAAAGUUUUAGAUCUCAUUGAUAAUAAACGAGAGGCUCAUCCCGGUACAGCUUUAUGCGUUCUUUUUGAGAUCAAAGUGGCCUGCGAAGCACUUAUAUCAAAGAAAAAAAGGACAGCAAUAUCGACAGCUCAACAACCCCAGGAUCCAAUAUCUAUUCCAAGCUCGCCCCCUGUACUGCCGACACAAAUCCGUUCUACUCGUACCACUCAGUUAUUGGAAGAGGCUGCAAUCCGUGAAGCGAGACAAGACCGAAUAUUGACAGCUGGUGAUUUCCAACGUCAGUUGAUGCAGAAAUAUCAAUGCAACGAUAGAAACUGUACGAAUUAUAACAACUUUUACUUCCCUGAUCCUAUGGACAAUACUCAGCACUAUAAUAUCCUCGCUACUCAGCAUGAGCUUUGGGCCAAUCGGAUAGCUUCAGGUGGUGCAACCAUUGAGAAUCCACUAGAUAAGUUGAAGCAGUAUUGGACGAAAAAACAAGAGAUGCAGACGAAGAUGUAUGAGCAACAAAUGCAGUAUAGAUUGAUGGAACAGAUGGAAGCAAUGCAGGAAAAACAGGAACAUCGUGACGAGGAGAAAGAGCGUCGUCAUUUACUGCGAGAACAGCGCGAUUUAUUAACAUAAACACCUCAUUAAAUGGCUUAUU